ACAGUGUUUCUCAUGGCGAGGGUGCCGCCUCGCCCUCCCUGGUGUAAAAAUGAAUGUGGAGGUGCCAAUGAAGCCGGGGAAUCCAAGCUGAGUGCUGUUUGCUUAGGAGGAGUGGAUGCUGAGCUGUGUGUUUGUUUUGGUAUCUGGUGUGGGUGAGGUGAUUGGAGCAAGGCGGAGAGGCCUGGGGCUGGCAGAGUUUGCUCAAGGAAACAAGGCUGGCGUGGUAAGAUCUUUUAAUGGACCAGCUUCCACUGGUGAGAGAGGCAAUUUUGAGUUUACCCAGAGCUCUGGGAAAGGUACUUGGAGAGUCACAGCUACAUACAAGGUGGAACCAAUUGUUCAGUGUGAUGCUGCUCGGCGAUUCAGGCGUGGGGAAAACCUGCUUCCUGCUCCAGUUCAAAGACGGGGCCUUCCUCUCUGGGACCUUCAUAGCUACUGUCGGCAUAGACUUCCGGAAUAAAGUUGUGGCAGUGGAUGGUGUGAAAGUAAAAUUGCAGAUCUGGGACACGGCAGGGCAGGAGCGAUUUCGUAGUGUGACCCACGCCUACUACAGAGAUGCCCAGGCUUUGCUCCUCUUUUAUGACAUCACCAGCAAAAUGUCCUUUGACAAUAUUCGGGCCUGGCUCACAGAGAUACACGAAUAUGCCCAAAAGGAUGUGGUCAUUAUGUUGUUAGGCAAUAAGGCUGAUGUGAGCAGCGGGAGAGUCAUCAAGAUGGAGGAUGGAGAGUCGCUAGCCAGGGAAUACGGAGUGCCUUUCAUGGAGACCAGCGCCAAGACAGGCAUGAACGUGGAGCUGGCAUUUCUGGCCAUUGCCAAAAAAUCUUACGAUGUGGGAGUCCAGCCUUCGAGGAGUCACUCCUGGCAGCACAGCCAAAGCCCUGCCUCUCGGGAGUGGCUUGCGUCAGCCUUGCCUGCAGAACCCAGGACCCCAGUGAUCAGGACUCAGCUGGUUCGUCCUCCAAACAAGCCAGGGCCCAGUGUCUAUCUGGACUGGACCAAGACAAUGUUGGCAGCAUAUCCAGUGCCCCGUUUUCAGGACGGGACCGAGUCAUCCUCAGCAACGUAUCCACAACCCUGUAUCUAUCUGGAUUGGGCCAGGUCAGCACUGCUGCACAGCCAGGAUCCUGCAGCUUUCCAGUCCAGAGUCCCCACCUUUCUGACCAGUUUUCAUGGUAUGUCUCUGCUCUGGAGUCUCACCAGGCUGAGGGAGUCAGGGCAGCGAACAGAGCAGGAAGAACUAUUUCUCACUCUCUUGCAUUAGCAGGUGAAGUUUUCCUGCAGCGAAUGAAAUCAGCAGAAGUGUUUGCUAAAGGAAGAGGAAUGGGAGACCUUUCCCCUGUGACAUCUGGUCCCUCCCCUUUCCCCUCACCUCCCCCAGACCCCUGCAGCUGGGCUGUCUCAUGUGCCCACCUCCUCCUGCCUCUGAGCAUGUCCCAAGCAAAGGACUUGGGGUGUGCAGUGUUAUUAUAGUGCCUGUUAUGUUGGAAGAAAGCUGCCGAUUGUGGAUAGUGGAGAGAAAGGAGGUCGCUAUCUAUUUUUCUGACUUUAAAAAGAAAUGUGUCAAAUCUGCUCUUAUUUAUAUUUAUCUCAGGCUAGAUUGCUAUUUAAUCCUUUAUGAGAGACCAAGUCCAGCAUGGCACGGACGCGCUCUGGACCCUGCCCUGCUCCUCUUCUAAAGCAUUGGCACUCGCGCUGCUAAGGUGGGGGUGAGCAUGGAGCCAGUAUUGCCAGCCUGUUUGGAAAAAGGCUGUGCCACUUGCUGCAGAAUCCACCUCCUGGCAGCCACCAGAACAGGGGAGGUCUUAUUCUGCCAGCUCAGGCCAUUGCACUCCCCUGGUCGCGCUCCUACAGAUGGCGCUAGGAGCUGCGCCUCUUCCUGUUGAAAUAAAACUGCUGACAAUUAAGGGCCUGAUCCAAAGCCCGCUGAUGCCUUUGACAGUCUCCCUGUUGAUUUCACUGGGCUCUGGAUCAAGCCCUAAUUGCUGAAUGACCUGGUGUUUCGUGCUCUCAAAGGCAACCCCCUGGUGCCUCUCUCCGGGCGUGUUCAAAUAACCUUGAAGCUGUGACACGAAUUGGUCCCAACUGCAGAACAGGAGGCUUUGCGCCUCUCUCCCCAUUGCACCCCCGUAAGCCUGGGUAUUGCAGCACAUGUGGUGCCUUUGAUUACGCAGCAUUCUGAAGGCCCUGGAGCUCACCAGGGAAACACAGGGCAAAGGAACGAUACGUGUCCUGCCUUCGGUUUGGUUUUCCUCAGGAGUGCUCAGGGAAUUGAUAACAGGGCACAGGGCCUUUGACCUCUAGGCCACCAGCUUAGCUUCAAUCAGAAUUCUUACUGAAGCCCAGGGAGAGAUUCCCACUGGCUUGAGUGAGAGGCAGAUCCAGUCAAAAGGCAGUGGACUGAUGGUUACCAGCGGCUGCUGCUCUGGGGAGUGGCAUGUGUGAAAUGAGUCUCUGGCCGGUUCCUACGAGACGGGUGUGCACAGUACAGAAAUAACCCUUGCAUUUGGCACCGAGUUGCCAGCAGAGCGGCCAAGCUCCACAUGGGCAUGGAGAGCAAGCUCCCCUUCUACUCCCAGACAUGUUGAUGGGAGAUAGUGGGAGAAGGCUUCUCCCCACUGCCUACACAGUAGCUCUUUUGUCAAUAGUUAGAGACCGUCCGUCUGCCAAGCUCUCGAGCCAGCACUUCUACAGCUAUUCUUUUUUAGAGUUUAGAUUUCCUGACUGUGGCCCGGGUGUGUCACCUUUACCAUGAUUUUACCAUUUGUCUGGUUUUCAUUUUCCUUUCUCUAGUGCAAGUUGCAAACCCCUGGUGAUUCCUGUGGCCCCAUUCAGCAAGGCACUGAAGCACAUGCUUUACGUGAGUCCGAUUGACUUUGCUGAAUU